AUGAACUCAGCAAAUGUUCAACAAGAUGUAUCUUUGUACUACAGAGGCAGUACUCCUAUUACAACAAACCAGAGCCCAAAGAUACAAACUGGUUUUAGUGCUGAUACAACAUCAAGUGGUUCAUCAAAUACUCCACAAACAAACAAGCCUUCGCCAUUUAUCAGCUAUGAUCCAAACGUCAAAGCUACUGAACAGACACCCCCUAAAAGUUCAUCCAGUUCAAACAAUCAGGCAUAUGUUUCUGGGAUCCAAUGCAACAUCGCAGUUACUAUCAAGAAUGGGAAUGAGUUCACUAAAUCAGCUGCGAAGCAACACAUUGCAUUGUUGGCUUCUGUGUUAGAGUCGUAUGAGUCUCUGGUAGCGGGUAAGAUCGGGAAUCCGGACAUGACCAAAGAGGAUUACGAUCAGAUCGACCCGGAGGAGCUUGAACUGAUAGAUAUUAAAUGGGGCAUGGCUAGUCUUGUGAGGAGGGCACAGUGCUUUAUGGAGAUCACUGGCAGAAACAGCCUUUCUGGACCUGAUCAGAAGCUAGGUUUCGACAAGUCUAAAGUAACCUGCUUCAAAUGCAAAGAGAGAGGCCACUUCAAAAGGGAAUGCCCGAACAGAGAAGUGAAUAAUCAUCAGAAUCCGUUCACGAAUGAUUAUUACAGACAGGCAAUCUACCACCGACCGAAUCAGCAACCUGUAGUUCAAAGGCCACAAAUCGAGAACAUACCUGAGAAAGCUCUCAUUGUGAACCAGGAUGACGAGAAAGUAGCCGAGGGAUUUAGCUGGGAUAAAUACAUCCCCGGAAGUGAUGGACAGGCUAUGAUGGUUGAGAUAAUUGAAGAGUCUGAGAGUGUGGUUGAGCCUGAAGUGGUUGUUGACGAUGUUAUUGCGGACAGUUUCUUUGAAGAACCGACGACUGGAUUGUGUCCAAGAUAUGAGGAGAAGAAAGAGUCUGUCGAGGAGAUGAUCGAUGUGACAAAGGAAAUGACCAAAGACACUUUGAAAGAAAUUGCUGAUAAGGCUCUCAUGGCGAAACUGAAAGAGGUAGACACAGAACUUGUGAAAACCGAGUCUGUCGGUACCGAGUCAGUUCAACAGGAGUCAAACCAGGAGUCGGGAAUAGAGGGAGUCAAAUCUGAGAAAGUGUCUGAGUCAGAGUCCAAAAAUGUCGGUAAACAGGAAGUGAAAACUGCUCAUGAAGCAGAGUAUCCAGAUGGGGUGCACGCUGCAUUGAACCUCAAGUUAAGGACAGUUGAGGAAGAGUUGCCAGAGAGCAUUGACGUUACAUUCUCUCCGUCUGACACGGACAACGAGUCACAAAUCAUCAAGACUGUUGUCGACAAGGUGUUAGAUGAAGAGAGUGAUAACUCUGAGGCUGAGACCAUGAAGUCUCAUUCUGAGAAGUAUGUUACUGAUUCUGAAGAUGAGGAAUUCUUUUCAAAACCGAAAAAGUCAUUUGUUACAUCACAUUCUAACAAUUCGGGUAAGAAUGAAUGGGAAGGGAAAGAUAACAACAAAAAGAAUGGAAACAACUUUAAAAAUAAAGGAAUUGGAUUUGAGAAAAAGAUGGCUAAGAAGGUGGUCAAGCCAAAAGAAAGCAUGAAAGAUGUUCUUGUCACUGGACCAAGUGUUGAUGAAGAAAAGGAAUAUAUUUUUAGUCAGAAAGCCGUUAACGAUUUCAAUGCAGCGAAGAAACUCAAAGAAGAGACAUUCAAGUCAACUUUUGGGCUGCCCAGGUCAAUCAUUUCAAAAUGGAUCAUGGACAGUGGAGCCUCUAGACAUAUGACGGGGAUGCUUGCACUACUUUACGACGUAAAAUCAAUCAACGGAGGCUACGUGGGUUUUGCAGGAAAUCAGGGUGGCAGGAUUGUAGGCCAAGGAACCCUGACGAAUGGGAUCAUUUCGUUUGAGAAAGUGAACUACAUCAUAGAAUUAGAAAACAACUUGCUUAGUAUUUCUCAAAUCUCUUGUAAGAAGGGAAAGCAGACCAAGAAGUCACACCCACAGAAGUUACUGAAUUCGAUCAGAGUACCGCUUGAGAGACUCCACAUGGAUCUCUUCGGGCCGGUCAAUGUAAAAAGCAUCAGUGGUGAUUUGUACUGCUUGGUAGUCACUGAUGAUUAUACAAGAUUUUCAUGGGUGGUGUGCUUGGAAAGAAAGGAUCAGACGUUUGAGUCGCUGAUGGUUCUGUUAAAAAAGAUGGAGACUCUGUAUAACCUGCCUAUCCGAAGAAUACGGAGUGACAAUGGAACGGAAUUCAAGAAUAACAAGAUGCUCGAGUUCUGCAAUGAAAAGGGGAUUCUUCAUGAAUUCAGUGCGCCAAACACACCGCAUCAGAACGGCGUUGCUAAAAGAAAGAAUCGGACCCUCAUAGAAACUGCUCGAACGAUGUUAGCCGAUUCCAAGUUACCGAUCUUCUUCUGGAGCGAAGCAGUGGCUGCAGCUUUUUACACUUUGAACCGCGUACUCACCGUCAAGAAGUACAAGAAAACAAGUUUUGAGUUGCUACACUGUUACAAGCCAAAUCUAGAAUUUCUGGAGCCGUUUGGGUCUCCAUGUACUUUUAUUGAUGAAAAUGGUGGCACAAACGAUCAUGAAGCCGGUCCAAGUGGAACAGCUCACGAACCACCAGAGGAACCAGCUCCAACGUUUGACAACUCUGACGACUCAGAAGAGGAAACCGCUCCUACUUUUGACGAGGAACCAAACGUUACUACGACGGAAGCUGAGGAUCACACCGGUGAUCUUGACAUAACGAGCUUGCAAUCGGAAGUUGAUGUUCCUGACACCGUCAUGCCUCGAACCUUGUCUUAUCACCCUUCAGAGCAAAUCAUCGGUGACCUACAAAGUGGUGUUAAAACAAGAGAUCAAAUCAACCGUGCUCUUACAUGUUUUUAUUCGUCUACUGCAUAUUUACAGGAAGAAUUCUCACUGAAAUGUUAUAUUUUGCAGAUCGAACCCAUAACAUAUAAAGAAGCGUUGACUGAAGACAGCUGGGUGAAUGCUAUGCAGGAGGAGUUGCAGCAAUUCGAGAAACUGGGUGUUUGGAGAUUAGUUGAUCUGCUGGAGAAUCAAAAUCAGCAAGAAGGCAUCAACUAUGAUGAGGUUUACGCGCCUGUUGCAAGACUAGAAGCUAUACGGAUCUUCCUGGCGUUUGCGUCAUGGAAUGACUUCAAAGUGUACCAGCUGGAUGUUAAAUCUGCCUUCCUGUACGGAAAGAUUAAAGAAGAGGUGUAUGUGGGACAACCACCGGGGUUCACUGAUCCACAACACAAGAACAAGGUCUAUCUGCUGGAUAAGGCGCUCUAG